AUGCGGGGGCUGGUGGCGCUGCUGGCGGCGCUGAGCUGCGCGGCCCCGGCGGGGCGGGCGGCGGCGCCCGGCGGCGCCCUCAGCUCCAACGCCAUCAAGGGACCCCCCCCGGGGGGGGCGGCCGAGGCCAGCGCCGCCCCCGCCGCCCCCUUCGACGGCAGCAACAAGCCGCCGCCGGCCGCCACCCGGCAGCCUUUCCCCUGCGCCGAGGACGAGGACUGCGGCCCCGAGGAGUUUUGCGGGGGGGCGGCCCGCGGCGGGGGCGCCCCGCUUUGCCUGGCUUGCCGGAGACGCCGUAAGCGCUGCCUGCGUGACGCCAUGUGCUGCCCCGGCACGACCUGCAGCAACGGGCUCUGCACCCCCCCGGAGCCUCCCCACGGAGCCGCCGAGCUGGAUGAGAUCGGCACUGAGGCUCUGCCCCGACGGACGCCCGCUCCCGCCUGGCUCCCCACUGCCAAAGGUGAGGAGGGGGACUUCUGCCUGCGCUCGUCGGACUGCGCGGCCGGGCUGUGCUGCGCCCGUCAUUUCUGGUCCAAAAUCUGCAAGCCGGUGCUGCGGGAAGGGCAGGUGUGUACCCGGCACCGGCGGAAAGGCACCCACGGCCUGGAGAUCUUCCAGCGGUGCCAGUGCGCCGAGGGGCUGGCGUGCCGCCUCCAGCGAGAGCACGGCCCCGCCGACGCCUCCCGCCUGCACACCUGCCAGCGGCACUGAGCAUCGCCAGACGGACGGAUGGACGGACCGACGGGACGGGACGGACUCCGGCCCCGCCGGAGUGGAAGGUUGUUUCUCAAGGGAACUACUUUUAAGCGACUAAUUGCAGUACGUUACUGUGUUGUGAAUACUCGAGCUGGCACUUAGCUGUACAUAACGCCGGGACUUUUAAUGACUUUUUUUUCCGAGGGUGCUGCCUUGUGCUCUUCAAGCCAUGACUGUGACUUUGUACACACUGGGUUUUUAAAUCUAGGUCAAAGGGAUGCGACCGUCUGUUUGCGAGUGAAUAAACCGUUCUUUAAAAUCAGCCCGA